GUUAUGCUGAACUUGGGUAAAAAGAGAAAAAAUCAUGAUUUGUUGUGCUAAAAUUUAGUUUGGUAGACUGGUUAGACCUUAUAAAAAAUUAAUAUAAAGUAGUACCAGUUAUCACUAUUUGUUAAGACAUUUGUUUUAAUCAUGUAAAGUAUAAAUUCUCCGGUUUUCGUUGAGACUUACGGUCACGUACAUAUUUUCCGAAAAUGUCGAGAGCUAAAGUUGGUAUCAACGGUUUCGGUCGUAUUGGACGACUUGUACUCAGAGCAUCAAUUCUUAAAAACACUGUGGAUGUUGUUGCUGUGAAUGACCCUUUCAUUGAUUUGGAAUAUUUGGUGUAUAUGUUCAAGUAUGAUUCCACACAUGGGAGAUUCAAAGGAGACGUGUGCAUUAAGGACGGAAAAUUAUGUGUAAAUGGAAAGUUGAUAUCUGUCCACAAUGAAAGGGACGCAUCACUUAUUCCAUGGGAUAAAGAUGGUGUUGAGUAUGUGGUAGAGUCUACUGGAAUUUUCACAACUAUUGAUAAAGCCAGUGCACACAUUAAAAAUAAUCGAGCCAAAAAGGUCAUCAUUUCGGCUCCUUCCGCUGAUGCUCCAAUGUUCGUUGUCGGCGUGAAUGAGAAGUCAUAUGAAAAGGGGAUGACGGUGGUUUCGAACGCAUCAUGCACGACAAAUUGUUUAGCUCCUUUGGCUAAAGUCAUCCAUGAAAACUUCGAAAUAGUUGAAGGCCUUAUGACUACUGUUCACUCGUACACAGCUACGCAAAAAACUGUUGACGGUCCUUCUCAGAAGAUGUGGCGGGACGGUCGUGGGGCUGCUCAAAAUAUAAUUCCAGCUUCUACCGGUGCAGCCAAGGCAGUUUCCAAGGUUAUCCCCGCAUUGCAAGGAAAGUUGACUGGAAUGGCUUUCCGAGUCCCCACAGCGGAUGUUUCAGUUGUCGAUCUUACAUGUAGAUUGGCCAAAGGAGCUUCCUAUGAUCAAAUCAAGGCUGUUGUAAAGGCUGCAGCUGAGGGGCCAAUGAAAGGCAUUUUGGAAUACACUGAAGAUGAGGUGGUUAGCUCGGACUUUAUAGGGUCCACAUCGUCUUCUAUUUUUGACGCUAAAGCUGGCAUAUCGCUUAACAAUAAUUUCGUGAAACUAGUUGCUUGGUAUGUUACAUAUUUUCACUUACUGACCUCACUUCAUUUUUAGGUAUGAUAAUGAGUUUGGCUACAGUUGCCGAGUCGUUGAUUUGAUUACUCACAUGCACAAGGUUGAUCAUGCAUAAUGAAAUAGUCCUCGCUGUAGUCGGUAAUUUUUUGUCAAGUAAUAGAAAAAGCAAUAAAGUAUUUAUUUAACAUUUGUUUGUUGUAAUUUCAGUCGAUUGUGAAGCUCGGUCGUUGAAUGAUAUGUGUGUAUAGUAGUAAAUAUUGCUGUUGGUGUUCAGUUUAAGCUACGACUCAUUGUUUCUGCCCAACGUUACUUAGGAAAUGUUUUCUAAUUUGCACGCAUUAGUUAUUCUGCAAUUAUCCUUUAAAUAUAAUUGGUGCAGAAUAGAAUACUUUUCACAGCCCUUGUAUUUUUAUGGUUGGUUUCUAAAGUACUGGGUUAAAUGGAUACAAGAUGUGUGUAUGCCUUGGUAUGUUUUAUUUGUUUCGUCGAUAAGUAAAACAAAACUUUACUACUUGGUAAAUAAUGACUGAGUA